CCAGCUGAUUACAGGAGUGCAGACGUGUACAUGAAGUGAUUAAAUCUUAUUUCUCGCUCUUGUUUUAUUCAUCGGAUCGCGUUGACUUGUGUUUAUUAGAGCAGCCGGACUUUAUCAGAGCAAUGGCCACCAUUGAGGAGCUAAAGCUGCGAAUCCGUGAGUUAGAAAAUGAAUUAAUAAAGUCAAAGCAGAAGAAAAGUGAUGCGGAACAUCAUCAAAGACAAAAGAUUGAUAAAAUGAGUGCUGAAGUGGUAGACUCAAAUCCAUACAGUCGUCUGAUGGCACUGAAAAGGAUGGGCAUAGUGCAGGACUAUGAGAAAAUCCGCUCGUAUUCUGUGGCAGUGGUGGGAGUUGGAGGGGUGGGGAGUGUCACUGCAGAAAUGCUCACCAGAUGUGGCAUUGGUAAGUUGCUGCUGUUUGACUAUGAUAAGGUGGAGCUGGCCAACAUGAACCGCCUCUUCUUCCAGCCACAUCAGGCAGGACUCAGUAAAGUGGAGGCUGCCGAACACACACUUAGGAACAUUAAUCCGGACGUUGCGUUCGAGACCCACAAUUACAACAUCACCACAAUGGACAACUUUACACAUUUCAUGGACCGUAUAAGUCAUGGUGGUCUUGAGGAGGAAAAGCCUGUAGAUUUGGUGUUAAGUUGUGUUGAUAACUUUGAGGCUCGGAUGGCCAUUAACACAGCUUGUAAUGAAUUGGGUCAGAUCUGGAUGGAGUCGGGUGUCAGUGAGAACGCUGUGUCUGGACAUAUCCAGCUCAUCAUACCUGGAGAAACCGCCUGUUUUGCUUGUGCUCCUCCCCUUGUAGUGGCUGCAAACAUCGAUGAGAAGACAUUGAAGAAAGAGGGGGUGUGUGCCGCCAGCCUGCCCACCACAAUGGGAGUAGUCGCUGGACUUCUCGUACAGAAUGUCCUCAAGUAUCUGUUGGGGUUCGGGACAGUGAGUUAUUACCUGGGCUAUAAUGCCAUGCAGGAUUUCUUCCCUAGUAUGGCAAUGAAGGCCAACCCACAGUGUGAUGAUAGACACUGUAGACGACAACAGGAGGAGUACAAGAAAAAAGAGGCAGAGCGGCCAAAGCAGGAAGUAGUACAGGAAGAAGAGGAAGUGGUACAUGAUGACAAUGAAUGGGGCAUUGAGCUGGUGUCAGAGGUCUCGGAGGCGGAACUGCAGGCUGCGUCAGGACCAGUACCAGAUCUCCCAGAGGGCAUUACUGUAGCUUACACCAUACCUGAGAAAGAUGGAGAAUCAGGGGAGACAGUAGAGGAGACGGACCAGAGUCUAGAUGAGCUGAUGGCUCAGAUGAGAAAGAUGUAGGGGGAAAAAAAAGGAAAUACAUAUAUUGCCCUUUGGAAACCACCCCCCCCCCCCCCAAAAUACAGACUCUGCAGAUGCCUGAUCAUUUAGACUAACAAAAACAAACUGAUUAUUAAUUAUUUUAUACAUGUAAUAUCUACAGUCUCUAACAAAAUACAGUGGGAAUUCUUUCACCAAUUUUAUUUAUUUUAUUUUGUCUUUCCACAACAUCCCGAAAUGUGCUUAAGAAGAACACAGAUUUACUAUGACUACUGGAGCCUUAAAGGAAUAUUCCGGGUUCAAUACAAGUUAAGCUCAAUCGACAGCAUUUGUGGCACAAUGUUGAUUACAACAAAAAAAGUAUUCUGACUUGCCCCUCCUUUAAAAAAAAAAAGCAAAGAUCCGGGUUACAGUAAGGCACUUGUAAUGAAAGUGAAUGGGGCCAAUCCUUAAAUGUUAACACACUAUUUAAAAAGUAUAGCAAGAAAAUGUAAACGGUAUGCAUGUUAUCAUGAUUUUAGUGUGAUAAAAUCACUUACUAACCUUUUCUGUGUAAAGUGAUAGCCUUUAUAUAGCAAAACUUCGUUGCCAUGAUUAUGUAAAGUCAACAAACCCUAAAACGACUGUAAAAAUUAUGAUUUAUACAACUUUACAGCUCAAAUAAUACAUGAGUUUUAACAGAAGAAUUAAUAUGUGCUUUUAUAAAAUUAUCAGCUUCACAUUUCUGCCUUUAAACCCUCCAAACAGUGGCCCCAUUCACUUCCAUUGUAAGUGCCUCACUGUAACCUUCAUUUUCUGCUUUUUUUUUAAAGAAAAGGAGGGAUGAGUCAAAAUAAUUUUUUGUGGUAAUCAACAUUAUGCCACAAAUGCUGUCGAUUUCUUUUUUGCAGUAAGUUGUGCGUUUAGCUCCUUUACUGAUGAAUUUAAGUCGUUAUUUUAAAUACAUUGUGGUUAGCGUUUAUGUGGAGGAAACGGAUAUGUCCUCAGCCACACAUCUAAAUAUGUUGAUACAUUUAAAUAUUAACAUAGUAAUUUCUAAAAUACUGAAGUGACUAAAAGACACGCAGGCAAAAGUUACAAAGAACAUUUCACAAAUGAUUUCAAUCAUAGUCUUGUCAGACAUUUCAUUUGUGACCUGAUUUUGACUGCUUCAUUAAUGCAAAAGAAAAAUAAAUGUAUUAUUACUACAUUC